UGCUUCAAAUUUGACACUCGCACAUCACUCGACUGUGACAUUGCACGGACAGCUAGCGAAGCAGAAAUGUCUCACAGAGCGCUGCCAAUAUUAUUCUUAAACUUGGGAGGCGAAAUGCUCUACAUCUUGGACCAAAGACUUCGCGCCCAAAACAUACCAGACGGAAAGUCGAGAAAAGUGAUAAAUGACAUUAUUGGUAUGAUGAUGAAUAAGCGGUUUAUGGAGGAGUUGUUCAAGCCGCAAGAGACGUAUCCUAAGAGAUCGAUGAGAACAGUGUUCGAUCGGCUUGCACAUGCUUCGAUUAUGAGACUUAACUCGGCCAGUAUGGAUAAGCUUUACGAUCUAAUGACAAUGGCUGUGAAAUUUCAAGUCUUUUUAUGUCCAUCUCCCUCAGACAUUCUACUCAUUACUCUAAACCAUAUCGACGCUUUAAGAGAACUCUCACAACAAGAUUCAGUCGUUUUACAGAAUAUCGACAGCGUCUACCAUCUCCUCAUGCAGCAUUAUUCAAAGCUUGCAACAAGUGAAUGGCAGUUCAUACGACUCACUUUGAUGAGAUUCUUCCAAGACAUGCACACAAAGGUUUCCAUAUUUCUGAAGGGCAAGGCACAGAAUGAAAACGGCUGGUUUGUAGUGAAAAUGAAUGGUCCAGUGCCGAAUGGUACUGACAUUCCAGGAAGAAUAAGGUAUUUUAAUGAAGAUGGGAUUGAAGUGAGACAUAACUCGUUUCCAUUGUCGCCUCAUUGUUCAUAUGAACCGGCACUUCCACCCGGAUCUCUUGACAUCAUGGGAGACAGGGUAACUAAACUUGGCACCAACAUGUAUUUAGUUUCAUCGACGGAACCUUUACUUUCGCCAUCGAAAUCAAAACCGUUAGUCCAAACAGAAGAAACAAAACCAGCAGCUGUAGAUACAGGCUCGGAGGUUAAUGCCACAGUCGGAUUAAAAUUACUGACCCAACUUCUGGGCCUAGAGAAGAAACCUUCAGGAAAUGUGUUUCGACUGAAUCUCAUUGGUGAUGAUGAUCACGAUGACAGCAGUGGUUCAUCACGACCUCAACAAGUAAUCGAGAUUAAUGCAAGUCAGGAGAGAAGUAAAGAGUUGACGAAGAUAAUGGAUGAUCUAUCACUGCCGGAUGCAGGGCCAGCAACAGAAGACAAAGACAAGGGAGACGAACUGUUGGAUCUUAUGGAUAGUUGCUCGUAGAUGGCAAUGCUGUACAUGGCAAACAAAGUGUAUUAGAGAAAACUGUAUUGAAACAACAAAAACGGUCAAUUGAUUUGAUUGCUGUCGUUUGCAAUGAUUAUUACCACAAUAGAGUAUGCAUACUGCUACUAAACUUACCUGGUUUAAUGAGAGCAUGUGCAGGAG